AUGCCCCCUAAGAGAGACGAAGCCGCGCUGCAGGAGGAAGAGGAGCUGCAGCUGGCCAUCGCACUGUCUCAGAGUGAGGCCGAGGAGAAGGAGAGGAUGAGACAGAAGAACACUUACUCUGCAUACCCCAAAGCCGAUCCCACCCCUGUGACUUCCUCUGCCCCUCCUGUCAGCACUCUCUACUCUUCACCUGUGAACUCAUCGGCUCCAUCAGCUGAAGACGUGGACCCAGAGGUGAAAAAACAAUCAUUUUAAAGGAAU